CACACGGAGCCUAAGCGAAUCAAGAGUUGCCUUUCUUCGGUAGUACCCGGAUUUGCCCGUGGGGAAAAUAGCUACGUCAUUGUUCACCGACGGACUACCCCGCUUGAAAUAAGAAAUGGACCUACACGAAUAAUACAUUUAUGAAAAAUUACAGCAAUGAACAAUGACCAUAGUUGACAGAUCUUCAGAGAAGUCUGACCACGAGUCAGUCGGGUGCAAGCGCUCCGGAUCGCUGACCUUCCCCGGCGGCGACGGGAACGGGAUGGACGGCGGCUGCUCCAGCUGGGGGGCGGGGGGCCCCUCGUCCUCCGACACCUCCAGGGUGAAGACAGGGGGCUGCAUGGGCCCAACCCCUGGAGCCACUGUCUACAGCAGCAGUGCUGCCAUCACCGCAGACAGGCCCAAGGAGCAAGUGGUGCUGACCAGUGGGGACGGCAUCGCCUUGCCCCAGAAGGUGCUGUUCCCGGCCGAGCGGCUCAGCCUGAAGUGGAACCAGGUCAACCGCAUCGGAUCAGGUCUCCAGAACCUAGGCAACACCUGCUUCCUCAACUCGGCUCUGCAGUGUCUCACCUACACUGCUCCCCUCAGCAACUACAUGCUGUCCCGGGAGCACUCUAAAACAUGUCACGAGCCUGGAUUCUGUAUGAUGUGCACCAUGCAGAAUCACAUCACCCAGGUCUUUGCCAACUCUGGGAACGUCAUCAAGCCCAUCGGAGUCCUCAAUGAGCUCAAACGGAUUGCAAAGCAUUUCCGUUUUGGUAGCCAAGAGGACGCCCAUGAGUUCCUGCGAUACACAGUGGAUGCUAUGCAAAAGUCCUGCCUGCCUGGAAGCAAAUUGGACAGGCAAACGCAGGCAACCAGUUUCAUCCAUCAAGUCUUUGGAGGGUAUCUAAGGUCCAGAGUAAAAUGUUUAAACUGCAAAGCAGUCUCUGACACGUUUGACCCUUAUUUGGAUGUCGCUUUGGAAAUAAAGACUGCUCCCAGUAUCACCAAAGCACUGGAGCAGUUUGUUAAGCCUGAGCAGCUAGAUGGAGAGAAUGCCUACAAAUGCACUAAGUGUAAGAAGAUGGUUCCAGCCUCUAAGAGAUUCACCAUCCACCGCAGCUCCAAUGUACUCACCAUCUCACUGAAGCGCUUCGCCAACUACAACGGGGGCAAGAUCGCUAAGGAUGUGAGGUAUCCUGAGUGCCUGGACCUGCGUCCCUUCAUGUCUCAGUCCCACGGGGAGCCCCAGGUCUAUGUGCUCUAUGCUGUCCUGGUGCACUCUGGCUUCAGCUGCCACGCUGGACACUACUACUGCUAUGUCAAGGCUAGCAACAGCCAGUGGCACCAGAUGAAUGACUCCUCUGUAUCAGUCAGUGACAUCAGAUCAGUCCUCAACCAGCAGGCGUACGUCCUCUUCUAUAUCAGGUCACCUGAUCUGAAGAACGGAGGGGACUACAACCACAUGAGUCGGCCCCCUGGACAGUCGUCCCCCCGCCCCAUCCUCACACCCCGGGUCAACAUUGGGCCACGACACACCAACACUGGCUUCAUAGGACCACAGCUGCCCCCACACAUGGCCAAGAACACCUUUCACAUCAAUGGGAACGGCUCCCUAAGGGACUUCCCCUCUGGCUCUAAGCCCAGCACCAGCAGUGGCGGCAGCAGCAUGGGCAAGACUAGCUACGGCCUGCUCUCCGCUUCCUCUUCUUCUUCCUCCUCCUCCUCCUCUUCCUCUCAUUCUCUAAGCCGUCCUACAGGUAUCCCUGACACUGCCAAGCGCCAGAAGCUCUCCUUCUUCAUCGGUCAGGGCAAACAGAUCCGCCCCUCCUCAUCAUCAUCCUCCUCUUACGCCCAGCCAUCCUCCUGUUCUUCGUCACAGACUACCUCAGACAUGUCCGCGCCCCGGGCUCCUUGCAUAAACGGUACGCCCUCCGUGAACGGAAACGGUCAUGGAGCCUCAUUCCUGGUGCCGUAUGGCCAGGAGUCAUCGGAGGAGUCUGACCAGGAGGGAGGCAGCGGUCUGGAGAACGGCACGACCAAGCUUCACGUUAACGGGAGGAAGGGAGGGGCCGUCUACGGCCCCGUCCCCAGAGUGCUGGCCCUCAAGCCCAACGGCAUCAGUAACGGCCAGGCCACCAUGCACCAUAACGGGUCCGGGGCCAACGGGACUAACGGCUUCUCCAAACUCAGCCAGAUCGGACAUCAGAACGGACACCACAAAGUUAAUGGCAUCAAACACCCGGAGAAGGUCAACGGUCAUGUACCGUCUCCUGGGUUGGGUCCCAGCAUUUCUAAUGGGGCGGAGUCUCACCACAGUGGCACAAGCAAAGAGGUGUAUAAUGCCACCCCCAGCCAGGACAGCCCGUCUCAGAGCCUCCACAGUGCCGACAGCGACAGCCACCUCUCCCCAACCCCAGAGAAAAGGACUAAAACUCACUCUGACCCCCUCCCUCACCACGUACCAUCAACCACUGCUAACCCGCCAUCCUCAUUGGCCGAUGUUGGCGCUAAGCCACCUACUGACGCCACGAGGGAAUCCAGCUCCACCUCCAACCCUGGGGCCUUACCCCUCCAGCCCACCCCCCACUCCCUCAAAACCCUAGUCUCUCCAGCCUUCUCCCAGCCCCUCUCUGGACCAGGCCUGGGGACCACAAAAGGCCUCGGAGCACCACACAGCAGAUCUGGGGAGGACGUCAGGGAUACUGAGAAUAGCCCAGCAGCAGGGCUGGAUGGACGGCUGGACGGCAAGCCCAGCUCCAGAGAGGAAAGAGACCGGAGGUAUUCUUCUGAUCGGGAUAAGGGGAGAGACCGACUAUAUUCUUCGGACCGCGAUAGGGAUGGAGACCGGCUGUACUCUUCUGACCGGGAUAAAGACGGAGAAAGGAAUAGGUACCACCGUGACAUGAGCCGUGAACGCAACUGGGACCGUGACUCAGACCGCUAUCGACACCGGCGGGACCACAGAGAUCGAGAACACCACCGAGACUGUGAACACCACCGGUCGUACCGUGAACGCUCGGCCAGCCGCGACAGACACUGGGAGUCAGAGCGUCGCUGGGAGAGGAACGCCUACCACCCCAGGGACAGGGACCGCUGCCACUACCACAGACCCAGAGAGAACAGGGAGAGGGACAGGAGGGAGCACAGCCUCCCCCACAGAGAGGAGCCUCACGGACGCUCCAGAUGGAGGGGGGAGAGGGGUGAAGGUAAGGACAGGGGUGACGGUAAGAGGGGUUACUACCCUUCACAGGAGACCCCCCUGCCCACCCCACUAAGCUCCAACACCAAACCCAGUCAGCCCCCCACUAGCCCAGACCUUUCCCCAGCCAGACCAGCCCUGGAGAAACGACCCGAUCCUCUGAGAGAGGACAGCUUUGAGGAGCGUCGGGCCAAGAAACACAAGAAGAGCAAGAAGAAGUCCAAGGACAAAGCUAGGCGUCGAGAGAAUGGGACCUCUGACGUGGAUUCCUCUGACAGGGCUGCCAACGGCAGCAGGUCCUCCAAACACAAGAAGAAGAAGAAGAAGAGGAGGAGGCACGACACUGACACGGAGGACGAGAAGUCCCGCUCUACCCAGAGUUCCGAGGGGCACCGUGACCCCAACGCCCCCCGGGAAAGUCACAGGGCAAGCAGCAGUGACGAGGGGAGGGCGAGCAGGAAGCGAAGUUACCAGGACGAUGAUGGCUCUGACAACAGCUACCCUGAGAAACACCAUCGCUCCGAUGACGACGACAAAGACCGCUUCGUCUCUCGCAAUAUAUCGCCAACAGCAACCUCUCACAACGCAUCGCACCACCACCUCAAUGGGCACACAGGUAAUGGCUUCAGUCGACCCAAUGGAAACUCCCACGGAUGUUCUACCAAUGGACUGUACAAUGAAUGACCUUAGACAUUAGAUUUUCUCUGUUUUACCAGAGAGAAACAGAACAAUACUUGGAAUACUGUAAAAAUCAACCUUUAUGGAAAAGUGAAAUGCAACAGGAAUGUCAUCCCGAAUAUUUGAACGUGGUGCUGAAUUACUGGGAAUAUACUGUAUUUUUACCACACAAAUGUUUUAAAGAUUCUACCAGAUUCUUUUUUUUUUUUUUUUAUUCUCUUUUUUUCUAAUUUACUCGGUAGACACUUGUCACUCAAUGGACAUUUUAUGAAAAAUAAUUAAUAUAUACACGUUGUAAACAAAAAAGAAGCCUGGAGCUUAACCAUCUCAACUGCUGCUCAGUGGAAGACUCAGGACUUUGUUAAAAUGAGACUUAUUCCUCCUCAGAGAACUGACCACUUGGUUAAAUAAUCGAACGACUAUUGUUGUUGCCUAGGAGAUGACCUGUUUGAUAUGACUUCAGUUGGCUGCAAGUUUGUCACCAUAUCUGUAUGGCUGGAGUUGUUGGUAAAAAAAAAAAAGGUUUUUGCUUUGAUGAAAAGAAAAUGGAGGGAAACAUUAUGGAGGAGUGAGGACCGUCUGGAAGAGAAUGAUCUGGCCCAGGCCCCAUGCGGCUGGGCGGUGGUGACUACGUGUGCACUUACCACAUCUACUCUGAUGGACAUUGCCAGCUCUUUGUUGCUUUUAAUUACUUUUUAAAAUUCUCUCUCUCAACCUGUCACUGGAGAAGAUUCCCUCCCUCUACAUCCCCCUCUUCACUCGCUUUCACUGAGAUAUAAUUUCUAUCCUUAAGUCAUUCAAGGAUUUAAAAAGCAUAAUAAUAAUCAUGUUAUCACUUAUGGCUGUGGACCUGUUUUUAUUUUUUUUAUAGCGUCCAAAAGAAUACUGUGAAUUUAAUUUUGAACUGUACUAUCAGUUUUUUUUUUUUUUUUAUACAUUAAAACAGUCCUGUAUCAGGAAUACCAAUGUAGAAUUUCUUUUUUUGUUUUAGAAUUCCCACGACAUAAUUUAGACGGUGUUCUAUGGACAUAAGUCAGUAGAACAGUAUGAUGAUCUGCUUUUGGUCUGCUUGGAUGGCUUUGUUUUCUACCUAAAAAGACAAACAUGUAAAUGGUUGUUAAUACAUUUCUAGUUCUACAAUAGCAUGUCAAAUUUAUACAUUGUACAAGGUGUAUAUAAAACGCCUUAAUACAUUUAAUGUCAUUGUUAUUCUUUCUUUCUUUUUUUUUGAGUGAAUGCUGUUGAUUGGGGAUGUACACAGAUGGGGAAAAGUUUCUGCCAUUUUAUUGGAAGGAUGGAGUCAUUUUUCUGACUUUUGGUAAAAAAGAUUGUAUAUGAGUGAUUGUUUAAUUGGAUAGACUGAAACACUUUGGAUUUAGGGCUAACAGUGGUUAGGUAUUUUUUCAUAUUGUUUCUAGGUUACACAAUGACAGUGUGGGAGUUC